AUGCCCAAGUGCCCCAAGUGCAACAAAGAGGUGUACUUUGCUGAGCGGGUGACCUCCCUGGGGAAGGACUGGCAUCGCCCAUGCCUGAAGUGUGAGAAAUGUGGAAAGACGCUGACCUCGGGGUCUCACGCCGAGCAUGAAGGCAAGCCCUAUUGCAACCACCCCUGCUACGCGGCCAUGUUCGGCCCCAAAGGCUUCGGGCGCGGUGGGGCAGAGAGCCACACUUUCAAGUAA